AUGGCCAAGAAGACAGAAACAAUAACAGGCGACUCCCGGCCAGAACGAACCCAAGCCCAACAUAAUGACGAAGCUAAGAACGCGCUGUCCUUACACCCGUGCCAGAUCACCCUCCAAACCUUCCGCGACCUGCUGUCCUGCUACCAGACGACCGUGUCGCAAGUGCAUCGCCGCAAGGCGACACUGAAGCUGCAGCCGAAGUCGAAGAGGGGAUCGAAGAGCAAGGUAGAUAAGAAAGCUAGUGUGAUACCUACCACGAAGACGGGGUUCGAUACGUCGGAGGAACAGCAUAUCCGCGGAGAGACAGACAAGUUUCUUGAACUUGAUCGGUGGCGGUAUGAAGUUCUCCCGAGGAUCGUCGGGGAGCGGAAGCUGAGGGGUGGUCAGAAGGAAGGGGGUGAGGUGGAGGGGGCACAUCUUCUCAAGGAAGAGCUUGUUGAUAUUAUGGAUUGGAAGAUGAAACAUGGAGUCUUCCGUCCGGCCCUCAUGGGAAUGGUGAAAAGCAACCAAGACAGGACUGUCACCAAAUCCACCUCGACCGCAUUCGCCGCUCUCCCCGACGCAAACCCCAUACUCGCACCGAGCGAAGCAUUCCCCAGAGCCAGCCUGGACGCCCUCACCACACCACUCCGCGGUGUCGGUCCGGCGACCGCAUCUCUGAUCCUAUCCAUCGCCACAGUUCUCGGCGACGCCAAGAAUCAAGUCCCCUUCUACAGCGACGACGUAUACCUUUGGCUGGUUCUGGGCGAUUUCCCCAAAGUAGAAGACCAAGUAGACAAGUCACCAACACAUAGGAAGCCAAGUGGGGAGUUGAUUGCUAAAUAUAAUAUCAUUGAGUACCGAAAUCUGUGGGAUUACACGCAGGAGCUGCGAGCAAGGUUAAACAAAGGCGUUGCAGAGUCUGAUGAGCCAGUCUCUCUCAUCGACAUCGAGAAGGUUGCUUACGUGAUUCGCAAUAUUGCUGCUUCGGGUUAUCAUGCUGGUCAAGGUUCUGAGACUGUUUCGAAAGGAUUUGAUGUCAAAGAGUCGGCGAAUAGAAAACCACCGAAUGGAAAGAACGAACCUGAUGAUGCCAUCAAGAAGCGGAAGCCGAAGGAGGAGAAAGCGAAGAUGGAAAGGCGAGAAAGCAAGAGGCUCAAGCAAUGA